CCUCCGUAAGGAUUUACAGCCUGUAUAAAAGGUGAAGAACAGAGUGCAAAUAUAUAAAGCCUACAUGAGUGUAUAUUAUCUCUUCUUCUUUUGGUUAAUAUUCAUCUUUGCACAAUAUCUGGCUGAAAUAGUUGUGUGUGGGGGGGAUUGUGUGUGUGUGUGGGAUUGUGUUCAGUGUUCUUCAUUAGCUUUGUAAGAACAUUCAGCUUUUCAUAAUGUACUGUAUAUUAUGUAAGGAAUAUCACACUUUAGGCAUGCCAUUACAGGAAAAUUAUCAACGACAAGGUGGUGUGAUGUGGCCUGACUCGAAGCAGAGUUACAGUUACCAUAUCACAGUUGAUUAUUUUCCUACAACAGCAUGUGUUUUAUUCUUCUUAUACCUCAGCAAUUUGCCAGCAAUUACAAAUUUUUAAUUAUUAGUGAUUGACAAAUACUUUUUAUCCAUUUAUAGUUGCAUUUAAUGUUGUUGAACGUUCAUGAAACAAAUUAGUUCCUGUUAUCACCUACGUUACAGCAGCUUUAAACAGUCGUUCCCUCACCAGCCUCUCGGCCCUCUGUCCUGAAGUUUUCCCUAGGUGGAAUGGUACAGAGCGCUGGCACUGGAGACUCCUUCCAUAAAUGUUAAAUAAAUAAGACCUCCUGUCUCCUCACAGAAAAUUUCACCAUAUCAACAGUUUAUCUUUGUUAAAGAACAACACUUGUUUAUCCGUUUAUUGUUAGGUUUAGAUUAUAUGGAGCGCCUACUCUACAAGUCCCUAUGAAUGAGCCGUUACUAUGGAAACAAUACCGUAAUAUAGCGAGUGCAUUAAUAUAAAACUGUGAUUUAGCUUGUAGCCAGAACCACUCUCAGAGAUGCUACUAUAGGAAAUUAAUCAACACUUUCGGAACCAGUCAGAAUCGAGAACCACAACAGCGCUGUGGUAUGAGCAACAGAUCACGCCCAAUGAAAUGUCCUGAUCUCAGGACAAAGACUGAGGAUGUUGUGUAGGUUUUGCUUCCUCAUAACUUGUCUUUUUAUUUAGCUUCAUUUCAUCAUUAGUUUCUUAUAUAAACAGGCUAAACUUAUAGGAUUGUUGCUAUUGUUAUGUCCUGGAGAGAGUUAUCUUGCUCUGCUCUCAUCACAUUUGAAAUAUUUCCAAGCACCUUAUGCUAGAAAUUAUUCCUUUCUACAUAUUUAUUACAUAAAAUAAAUACAGAUUUAUUGUGAUCACAAAGCAGCUGCGUAAAUCAUUAUUUAUGCUGAUUGUCAGGGAUACUUAUAAAACUUAUAAAAAGAUUCUGCACUAGAGCUGUGUUAGAAGUCCCAGAAAAUAACACACCCCUGCCAGCCAGUCCAAAUGUUUAUCAUAGCAGUGGCCUGAGAGAUUUGUAAUAAAACCAGGGAUAGAGUCGCAUGAAAAAUUCAAGGUGUGAUCAAUCCAAAAUCACUUAUUUUUUGUAUUUCACACUUUUAGAAAAGACUUUAUUCAAUUACACUUUUAACUUUUACUUUUUCAAAUUUUAGACUUUAAACAAAAAUGCAAAAAUUGCAUUUUUUAUAUUGAAAAAAUAUAAAAUAUGUUCUCUCUUUAAGUAAUUGAUGUGUUGCAUAUGAAUAUAAAUUGACUGCACAAUAUUUUUGCUUAAUGAUUUUUAUACUGAAUACAUAUUAUACUUAUAAUGAAUACAUCAUCAUGCUCUUAAACUAUUAAUAUCUAUGGUGUUUUUUUUAAUAAAGUAAGUCAGUCAGUGAAAGGAAGAUGAUUGGCUGCAGUGAGUCUCAGUCUCAAUCAGUUCACAUCCUGCAGUUAUGAAGCCAAGUGGAGCUGCAGGAGGCGCAGUGUGUGGCGCAUUGAGUUCACACACACACACACACACACACAGGGGAGGGAGGACACACACAGGUUUUUUUCUCUAAGCCCUUACAGAGUGUGGACAGAGUGCAGAAUGAGAGAACAGGGCUGCAGGAAAUCCCCGGGCUUCGUGUCACCGGGACAGUGGGAUGAGUGUGUGUGAGUGUGUGUGAGUCUGAGUGUGUUUGAGUGUGUGAGUGUGAGUGGAUCUGGACUUUGGGUUGGAUGCAGCAUUUCGGAGCAACUUCACCUGCCAGGUCUCAUUUAGAGCUCGGCAUUUUUAAUACCUCACACACUCUCAGGCAGGAAGGAGACACGGAUAUUUUCUAAACUACAGAAAAAACUCAUUAAAAAAAAAAAAGUGCAGGAUGGAAGUUUGCAAAGGGAGAAUGCUGGGCAUCUCGGUGGCGAUCGCGCACGGCGUUUUCUCCGGCUCGCUCAACAUCCUGCUCAAGUUCCUCAUCACCACCUACCACUUCACCUACCUGACCCUCAUCCAGUUUCUGACCAGCUUCACGGCGGCGAUCACGCUGGAGCUCCUGCGCCGGACCGGUGCCGUGAACAUCCCGCCGCCGAGCGCGCGCCUGGUCCGCGUGUUCGCCGGAGUGUGCGCGCUCUCCACGCUGCAGUCCACGCUCACGCUGUGGUCCCUCCGCGGCCUCAGCCUGCCCAUGUACGUGGUGUUUAAGCGCUGCCUGCCGCUCGUCACGCUCUCGGUCGGGGUGUGUGUGCUGCGGGACGGAGCGCCGUCGGUCGGGGUCACCGUGGCUGUGCUCAUCACCACCGGCGGAGCUGCACUGGCGGGUGCAGGAGAUCUCACAGGCGACCCCUUUGGCUACGUGACAGGCAUUUUAGCUGUGAUUAUCCACGCCUCAUACUUAGUACUCAUCCAAAAGACGAGCGUGGACAGCGAGUACGGCCCGCUGACGGCUCAAUACAUUAUCGCCUUGGUGGCCUCGCCCGUGCUGCUUGUCUGCUCCCUCGUGAGCAUGGACGCCAUCGACAUGUGGACCUACGAGGGCUGGAAUAAUCCAUUCAUCACGGGAAUCUUCUGCGUCUGCGUCGUGAUUGGUUGCGCCAUGAACUUCACCACGCUGCACUGCACGUACAUCAACUCGGCAGUGACCACCAGUUUCGUGGGGGUGGUAAAGAGCAUCGCCACCAUCACUGUGGGCAUGCUGGCCUUCAGCGACGUCGAGCCCACCAACCUGUUCAUAGCCGGCGUGGUGGUCAACACCAUCGGCUCCAUCACAUACUGCAUAGUGAAGUACUACGAGACCCAGAAGAAGCUCAGCUACCAGGACAUGGACAAGUCCGUGAAGGACGAAGAACCACCUGGAGAACCGUACGUGGAACCUCCUCCCAAACCUGAUGGAGAUGUGGAGAGUUUUCCAAACGGCUGCAUGACUGAGUCGUUGGACGACAGUGGCCUGGGUCAUGUGUGUGACAAUAAAGUUGCAGAGUCUAUAGAGUUACAAACAUCAGCGCUGGCGCCAGAGAGCCAACCUGAAAACCAGAAUUUAAGUGACAAUUUUGUGGGUGUGUGGAGAUCAGUGCGCACCUUAAAGUUCCUUAAGAAAGACACUUUACUGGACAACAUGGAGGUGCAGAGUCCUUGAUGAAGGUGAAGACAGAUGCAUGCUAAGUUCAAACAUUCUCACAGACUGACUGUGAGCAAGAGGAAUGUUGCCUUUUAUUACUCACUCUCUUAAACCUGGAUUUAUGGAAACCUAGUAUUUUUUUAAAAACACCUUAUGAUGUGUUUGUAUGUUGUCUAAAUCAUAUACUGGCUGUUUUUAAGAAUGGGAGUUUCAUGAUGACUGAUCAGUUCUCUCAUUGUCUUAUAUGGCAGUUGACUGAUCCACAUUAAAUGAGUGUUUCAUCAAAAAAUGAAAUUUACACAGUUUUGCUUACGGCUUACAUCAGAUGUAGUUGAUCAGCCAAGACAUGACUGGUGUCCGAAGUUGACAUCACACUCAGAGACUUUCUGAUGCGGUUUAGGACACAGUGUGACGGCCUGUAAUCUAUAAACAUGAACAAGCUUCACAGUGUAACAGAAAACUGUGACAGCAUGGCCAUCUUGAUGGAACCCAAAAUCAAUUUUCACCUUUGUUCAGUUUGUAUUCAAUUGUACUGAAAUUGGAAUGCACUGAAAUUUGCUCUUAGAAAUGGUUAUUCAAGUGAUCUGUAAGAGUUCACUGGAUAAUUAAGGAUUCUAAGCUUCCAAAAGAAGGCUAUUUAUAAUGCGUUUUGACAGGUAAAAACAGGUAAAAACACUGUUGUAGGGGAACCCUUAAGCCUUUUCCAAAGUGCUUGUGAAGAAGUGAAGAACCCUUAAAGGUUCUACAUUUUCUAAACAGUGUAGUAGUUGUAUAUUCUAGAUCAGACGUAUUCAAACUUCUUCCCAAUGAAGCCCACUUCUCAGUUUUAGGAGAACUUGCAGCCCCCUUUUCCCACAUUGUCACCACCAUCCUACAACCUCCGUUCUAGACAAAUAAUGUAAUUUUUGAAAGGUUUAAUAUUUUCUUAUAUAUUUCAGCUCCAUUUUAUGAAGCAGUAUCCUAUUGAUAAGACUUAUUUUUCAAGAAUAUUUUUUGAUUAUCUUAAAAUUUUUCAGUUCCUCAAUAAUUAAUUACUUUUUAAUUAUUAUAAUUUAUAUAAAUUAAUUAUUUUUAAAAGCAUAACAAUGAAAAUACAUUAUUAUGUUAAUGCAACAGUACAGAAAUAGAAUUAAUAAUAAUGAUGAUGAUAGAAAUACAAAUCCUUUUUUUGUUUGUUUGUUUGUUUGUAUGUUUCAACCAAAGAUUUUUAUUUCGGUGCAUCAGUAACAGUUUGGCAUCAUUUCAGGAUCCCGAAGUCUGAAGGAGGAAUUGUAGCAGAAAGCUGGAAGUGAUGUGGAUGAUAAUAUAAUUCUACAUUGAAUUUAAAUUUGUAAAUACAGACUGCUUUUUUAACAAAAUCAUUUAUUUAAAAAAGCAGUUAUUUAUGUCAUUUGAGGCAGUAUAUGAAGGUUUGGGUACGGAUUUGCUGAAAAGAAUUUAUGUGAGAUUUAUAUUUUUUGUUAGUAACAGCGAUUGACUGGUAGCGCAUCCAGAGUGUGUUCCCACCUCACACCCGCUGUUCCUGGGAUAGACUCCGGAUCCACUGAGACCUGAUCAGGAUAAAGUGCUUACUGAAAGUGAGUGUGAGUAGAAUCAUAGCUAUGGUGCAAAGCUAUGGAAGCAAACUUCACACAUCAAACAUGUCUUGGCUCACUGACUAUAUUUAAGGGGUAUAAAUGUGUAAAUUUGAUGUUUUGCCAAACCAUUCUUUUAAUGAGAAAAUUGUGAUUAAGAAAAGAAUAGUUUAGAUUUUCUGAUAAUCAAAUCAGAAUCUGUGAAUCUGAUUUCCUAUCUAGUUUAUUUUUAGGAUUUAUUUGUAUUUCCUGCACGCAUCGUCUGCCCCGGUCUGGGUUCUGUUCGAGCUGAGAAAAUGCGAUAUCAAAAAAAGAAGCCAUGGUCAUUAUUUGCAUGUGUUGUGUAAAAGUAAUCUCAAACAAGUUUUAUAUGGAAAGCUUGAAAUGCUCAUGUCACUGUUAAUGAUAGAGUGUUUAUUGGAGAUCCCUGCCAGCUGCCCUGCUCAUGCUGUCAUUGAUGAAUAGUCCUGAAUUGCACACAGAUGACUGUGAUAAGGGUCACUGAACAUGAAAACAAUCUGGAUUCACUCUGAAAGAUCCGCUCGGGGGCAAGAAGACAUCCUCUUAUUCUUUAUGUUGAAGUCAGCAUCAUUAGAGAAUGUAUUACCUCAGUUUAUGUAGUUGAGGGGGGUCCGAGUCAAGACACGCCGGGAUGCGACCACCUUCUGAGACCGUGAGCACUGCGAUUCUUUUACUAUCUCUGACUCAUACGAGGAUGUUCUGUGUAAAGGGAUGUCUUUGUGAUUAAAGGAGUGCAUAUAUGAAUGUGAAAGCUUCCCAGAUUUCUUUUAACACUUAAUGAACUUAAGUUUCACUCUUUUCCUUUUUACUCUUAUAAUAUUAGCUUAAUCAUUUUGCAUUUUGGAGCAGUUCCUGGAUAACGAGGCUUGGGGUUUGAAAAUGUACACAAGUAUAAGGGGUUAAAUUUCCUCUUAUCUAACACUCACACACAGAGUGGAUGUAGUCCCUGUAGGUGAACACCAAAAUGACUAUAAAAUACUAAACUGAACCCAGAAGGAAAGAAAAUUGACUUCCAGGCAGCAGGAGAUCAGCAGUGGUGGCUCGGUGUUUAAAGGAAUACUCCAGUCAUUUUCACCCUCAUCUCAAUCCACUACAGCUGUAUGUAUGAGUGAUUACCACAGACAAUAAUUCCAACACAUUUCCCAGUACUGAGAAAACGAAACAGAAAACCAGUUUAUUCGAAAGUCACUUAUAACUGAAGUCUACGGCAGUUGUUGAAUUGACUCAAUAAAAGUUUAUGCGAAACUGAUUGCACUCAUUUUUUCCAUUAAAACUAUUGGAAAAUUAAGCCUUUAGUCUCUACUUUUUCAAAGGGAAGAAUAUGUGGUUAUGUGCUACUAGCGUUACCGUCUGUGUGGAGUUUCUCAUGUUCUUCUGUCCAUGUGGGUUUCCUUUGGGUUCUACAGUUUCCUCCCAACUCCCAAAAACAUGCUAAGUAGGUCUAUUAGCUACUUUAUAUUGUCCACUGGUGUGAAUGAGUGUGUGAGUGUGUGUGCAUGGUGCCCUGUAAUGGACUGCGAUCUCAUCCAGGGUGUAUACCAGGAUAGGCUCCCUUAUAAAGUGACCCUGACCAGGAUUAAGUAGUUACUGAAGAUACAUGAAUGAAUGAAUGAAUGAAUGAAAUAUUUUAUGAAUUUGUGCUUAUAGAAAUGGGAAUUCUUCAGACGGACAAUUUGCAGUUAUGUGUUACUAACAGUAGUUGUGUUGGUCUGUUGAACACAAUAAAAUUCCUGGGAAAGUAAAUAAUAACUUUUUACUGUGUUGGAAAGUUUCUAUCACUUUCUCUCACCUUUGUCUCAUUCUGUCACCUUUCCUGUUAGUGUAGUUUUGAAUUUGCAUAAUGUAGUGGCAUAUUUUUAAUAUUUAACAACGGAACUUAACAGCUGCCCUUGAUUUAUAAAUGAAUUUCACCUGAACUGAAUUUUAUGUUUUUUUAUGGGGUUUUCACUGCACAGAAAUGUGGUAUAAUUUGUAGUAAUCAAUAAUAAGCUAUAGACACAAUAAAUAGAGAUUAGGUUGAAAAAACUGGAGUAUUCCUUUAAGAAACAGCUGUUGGACCUUUGAGCAGCGACGUUAACUCUUCUCUGCUCAGAUUAGUGCUUUGAUUGGAUUCUGCCUAACUUGUAAGUUACUUUGGAUAAAUUAGGGACUGGAAGGCCAAAUGAGAGAAAAUGUAAAGAUGUCAGUAUAAAUAAACUCCUGUAGAGAGGAGAACAGAGAGACAUGUUUAACUCUGUGGGAGCUGAUGUAGAGGGGCUUGUUAAUCCCCACAGAGAGUGUGUUCAAAAUGUCAAAAAAGAUUUUUUAAAAAAACUUCAUAGAUACAGAGUGUAAAGUGUGUCUUUUCUCACAAAGUUCCACACAGUUUCCCGGCUUUUCAUGGAAGAGAAAACGCUAAUACAAGCGCGUCAGCUUCUUCACAGCUUCAUCCUUCUGUUAUAUCUAAACAACAAAAUGUGCGCCUUCACUUUCCCUGUAUAACUCCAGUACACACCAGGAGCUCUUACCAUGUACAGUUAGACCAGGUUAAGUGCUCCAUAUGACGCAUUAUAGUUUUUGCCUCGGGGAGUAUUAU